AUGUUCGCAUUCAAAGUUGCCACUGUCCUUGCGGUCGCCGCCUUUGUCUCUGCUGUCCCCACGCCGGGCGGAGGUUCUUCGUGCUCGACCGGAAAGCUUCAAUGCUGUGACAGCAUCGCGCCUAACGGAGGGAAAGAUGACGCCGCGCUAGGUGGAUUACUUGGCCUUGACGUACUCCAAGGCCUCAACGUCCCCAUUGGUAUCAAUUGUAACCCGCUCAGUGUUGUUGGUGUUGGGAGUGCUGGAACUUGCAGCACUCAAGCCGCAUGCUGCAAUGGAGUUACCAACUCAGGCCUCGUUCCGAUUGGUCUUGACUGCAGCCCUGUCAAUGUUGGCCUUUAA